GGCCAUCAGACCCUCUCUCUCCCCCUUUGUUUCCUCCCCCCACUAUCCUCCAUCCCUUCCUGCCUCAACCUCCUUCCUUCUGCUUCCUAAUGAACCUCAUAAAACGUGUUUAUUCGCUCGCUCGCUGCUCCUAAACAAACAAGACAACAAAAAACAUCAGCGACGCGACUCGAGGGAGAAAGCUGAAAGGUCACAAUGUUGUCCAAUCACAGUCCCGACUUAAUAACAUGAGCUGCCCGCGUUCACGUUGAACUUCCUCUUGUUCUCCUUUUGCUGAGCAGUCGACGAGCUUCACAGGAGCAACGUUGUAAUUGCAAAAUGAACCCAGGAGGAAUUCGUCAUGGCUCGUUAAAAAAAAAGAUUUACGCAUAACUUGACAUGACGAACAACUGCAACCGGUUGCUGUCGUUCUACACGUCUAGACGACGAAUUACGCACAGCUCCACCUGCCGAAAGCACCUUUUGUCUGUAAAACCCAAACAAGCCGCCAAAAGAGGCCCGAAGGCGCCUCAGAGACUCACUAUGCAGAACAGAACCACCACAGUCAUCGGUGUUUGGAUUCAUUCAUAGAUGAAACACGUUGAGGUAAUACGACGGAACUACACGUCCAUUUAUAUCCUCUCCUGGUUCACAAAUACAUUUCAACAAGCAAGCCAAGAAAAGAUGUCUCCCCCCCCCGCGAGGACGCUGCUGUCCUCUGCCGUCCGUGUCCUCGUUUCUUUCCUUUCUGGCGGUGUGGUAACUUUGUGGCUCUGACGCUGCGGUGAGCUGUUCACACGCCGACAGUCUUGACGUCGCUGCACAUUUGGAAACCCUGUCGCCGGUGCAUCGUAUCCUGCGCAGCCGGAAUGACCACAUUUUUUGAAGUGAUUGCUAAACGCGCCGUCGCAAGACAACGGCUUAGAGGCGUCUGGCAGCUCCUGUUCUGAGUGGGACAGGAACCAGUGGCGAGUCUUUCAACACAGUCCACCCGACAUGCAGGAGGGCCAGAGUCCUUCCUCCUGGUACACACCUAUAUAAAGUGCAUGACGCACCCGGGCUGCAGCACACAGACACACACAGACAGACAGGGAGACGAGUCAGGCGGCUCUGGAGUGACAGCUGAUCCGCAGACAUGGCAGAGAGGCUGAAGGGCAACGUUCUGGUGACCGGGGCCAACAGGGGCAUCGGCCUGGAGCUGGUCCAGCAGCUGGCAGAGACCACGGGACACCGGGCUCACGUCUACGCCUGCUGCCGAGCGCCUGAGGGAACCGGGGCUGAGGCCCUGAGAGACCUUACAACUCAAUAUCCUGGAAAAAUCACCAUACUGAAACUAGACGCGUCGGACGAGGACAGCGUAUCAGCCGCCUUCCAGGCCUUGAACGAGCGGAUCGGGGCCGACGGCCUGAACCUCCUCAUUAACAACGCUGGCAUCAACCAACCGGGCAUGCCGGGAUCGCUGUCUGCCACCGGGAAAAAGGACAUGAUGCAGGUGUACGAAACCAACGUGGUCGGACCGUUUCUCAUCGCCAAGAUGUUUCUUCCACUCCUCCAGAGAGCCGCAGAAAUGGACUCGCCUGAAAAGGAGGGUGAUCAGGUGAUGUCCUGCAGAAGGUCGGCCAUCAUCAACAUGUCCACGCUUGUCUCAUCCAUAGAGAAAUGCCCAGAGACCUUUGCACGGGCGCAGAUGUACGCUUACAGGGCCAGCAAGGCAGCGCUGAACAUGGUGACUCGCUGUCAGUCGGAGGACUUCAAGAGACACAACAUACUGGUGACCGCCAUCCACCCUGGCUGGGUCCGCACUGGGAUGGGAGGGGAGGAGGUGAGCUGUUCUCGUGCGUUACAAGCUGUCCUGCAGGUUUGUGUGCGGAAAGAAGAGCUCGGACGCGCUGUUCUCUGCCCCAGAUGUUUUCAGGUUGAACCGGCUCCACUCUUUGCACGGCUGCUCCCAGUAUCAGCCGGCGAUUGUUACUUACAUACAAAAGAUAUGCACAGGCCUUUGUUCUGAAUCGGAU